ACGAUUCGCGAUUCAAAUAAGAACAUCGCAUCGACUCUUCCCGGACUUGUCGCUGUGUUCGUCGGUGCAACCAAUGGUGUUGGAGAGGCCACCGUGCGACAGUUCGCAAAGUACGCAUCGGCACCGCGUGUUUACCUGAUCGGCCGGUCCCAAGAAGCAGGCACACGCAUAAGCAAAGAAUGCAAAGCUCUAAAUCCACAGGGCGAAUUCAUCUUUAUCAGCAAAGACACCAGUCUCAUUCGUAACAUCGAUGAGAUAUGCGCUACGAUACAAGAACGCGAAAAACAUGUAAACCUGCUAUUCCUCACAAUUGGAACACUGGCNAAGACGACCGCAGAAGGUCUUCAUUAUCCUGCUGCUCUGGCUGUGCAUGCACGAAACCGAUUCAUCUCGAAUAUACUCCCUCUCAUCAACAAUGCAACCAACCUACGCAGAGUCAUCUCCGUCUUCAUCGCAACCCUCGAAGGAGAAAUCCAAAUGGACGACUUUCAAGGCUGGCACAUGAAACUCAUGGCAAACAGAGAUCACGCUGCCUCCAUCACAACACUAUCUCUCGAAAGCCAUCACAAGGAUAACCCUAACGUGUCUUUCGUCCACAAUUUUCCUGGUGUGGUCAAGUCAGGCAUCACUCGUGGAACUUCUGGACCGCUAUUUACUGCGCUGAAGGCUGUGAUUGGUGUAUUUGGCUCGCUGUUUUAUAUGCCUGCCGAGGAAGCGGGAGAUCGGCAUGUGUUUUUGGCUACGAGCGCGAGAUAUCCGGCUGGUCUUGAGGACACAGUGACUGGGGUGCCGUUGUCUGUGGCUGGAGGUUUGGCAUUUGCUCGAGGUACUGAUGGUAAGGUAGGCAGUGGUGUGUACUCUAUCGAUGCAAGUGGAGAAAGUGCUGGAUCAAAGGUUGAGCAAGCAUUAGCUUCGUUGAGAAGCAGAGGUAUGAUAGAGAAAGUCAUGAACACAAUCAACACGGAUAUCGAGAAGGCGUUGGCGACAAGUAAAAAAUGA